UCAACGCUUCACUGUGAAUGGCAUUCGCAACACGUGCGGUUGGACAAAUUUGUGAAAUUAGCAGACUUUGAACAACUUUUGCACAAUAAAUACGUCAGAGAACUUAUUAAUAAUUAGUUAAUACUGCAUGUCCACGAUGAACAACGAUCAGCACAAAUACAGCGACGCCGAGGAGGAAGAAGAAGACCUAAAGAACUCUGAAUGGGUGAAAGACUUCAAGACCCUCACAGUGAAGCACGAGAUCUUUAAGGAUAAGCUGACGCCCAAGGAGGCCAGCGAUGACCUGGCCCAGGUGAUAGAACCCACCAACGAGGAGGAGGAACCGGAAGACGAGGACGCAGAGGAGUACGACGAGGAGGACUACGACGAUGUGGGCGAUGACUACGACACCUACGAGGAGGCCUACACGGGCUUCAACAAGCUGCACGCCCAGCCGCAGCUCACAAGCGCUGGAGGAGGUGCCUCCGGCGGAGGAUCCGGUGGCCCACAGCGCGUCAGCAGCUACCAGCCCAACGACAAGCUGCUGCGCCGCUACUCCGCCCGCAUCAACGUGGAAAAGUACGAUCCGACCACGAACAUGAGCGCCCAGGCGGCCAACCGGCUGGUGAACUUCGACCGCCGGGAGCGGACGCAGGUGCGCGACAAACACGACCGGGCCACCGCCGAACAGGUGAUGGAUCCGCGCACCCGGAUGAUACUCUUCAAGCUGCUGAAUCGCGGCCUCAUCCAGGAGAUCAACGGCUGCAUCUCGACGGGCAAGGAGGCGAAUGUCUACCAUGCCGUGUCCAAGAACGGCGACGAGGAGUUCGCCAUCAAGAUUUACAAGACGUCCAUUCUGGUGUUCAAGGACCGCGAUAAGUACGUGUCCGGCGAGUUCCGCUUCCGGCACGGCUACUGCAAGCACAAUCCUCGCAAAAUGGUGCGCACCUGGGCGGAGAAGGAGAUGCGGAACUAUUUGCGGAUGCGCAACGCCGGCGUCCCUGUGCCGGAGCCGAUCCUGCUGCGCUCGCAUGUCCUGGUCAUGCGUUUCUGCGGUCGCGACGGCUGGCCGGCUCCAAAACUCAAGGACGUCGAGCUGAGCACUUCAAAGGCUCGCGAGUUGUACAGGGAUUGCGUUGUGAUCAUGUGGCGCAUCUACAACCAGUGCCGCCUGGUGCACGCCGAUCUUUCGGAGUUCAACAUCCUGCUGCAGGACGGUCAGCUGGUGAUCAUCGAUGUCAGCCAGUCGGUGGAGCACGAUCAUCCGCAUUCCUUCGACUUCUUGCGCAAGGAUUGCACCAACAUAUCGGAGUUUUUCCGCAAGCGGGCGGUGGCCACGAUGACCGUGAAGGAGCUGUUCGAUUUCAUCACCGACCAGACCAUCACCGCCGAGAACAUGGAGGAGUGCCUGGAGCGCAUCUCGGAGCGGAUCAAGGAUCGCGACUUUGAUGCCAUCUCGGCUCAGGAGAAGAUCGAUGAGGCCGUGUGGCAGAACACUUACAUCCCAAAGCGCCUGGAUGAGGUUCGCCAUUUCGAACGGGAUGUGGCCAAGGCCAAGCAGGGUGUGCAGCAAAAUCUCAUCUACGGCAAGAUCACCGGCCUGACAUCCGAUCUGGAUGUGCAGCAGCAGCCUGACGUCCUGGAACCCUCCACCGGCAAACAGGAGGAAGGUAGCGAAGCCCAAACGAGCCACAGCGAGGACGAGGGAUCGCAGGAUGACGACAAUGACGAUGACGCUAGUCGGUUCAAGAACUCCGCCAGACCACGGGAGGAGUCACCGGAGAGUAAAAAGGCUCGCAAAAAGGCCGUAAAAGAUGCCAAGGCCGAGCAGCGCAAGGUCAAAGUGAAAAAGCACGUAAAGAAGCGCAAGGAGAAAAUGGGCAGCAUGAAAAAAUAGAAAUAGCGUUUAUAUAAAAGUGAGUUUAAGUUCUUAUCAUUUGAUUUUUUUACUUUGCUGCAUCGAUUUUUAUGGGCAUAUAAAUAUUAAUUAAGCCUUUUAAAUUAAAUUUAAAACCGAAAUUUGUUGAAACCAUUGAAAAGGUUCCAAAAAUAACGCGAUGCACCAUAAGUCA